AGUCCAGAGGCGGCAGCGGCGGCAGCAGCAGCAGCAAAGACGCCCCUCAUGGCAAUUGUCUUGGCCACCACCCGCAUCGCCCAGCCUCUUGCCCGGCUGGCCUUGAGAGCUCCACCCUGCAGGGAUGGCGCUGCCACCAGCCUGCGCCUGCUUCCUGAGUUCCAGGUCACUGCCUCCACCUGGGGGAGCCAGCGCAGCUACGCAACAGAAGUAGAAGAGGUCAACCGGCGACCUGUCCUCAUCACGGGCUGCGACUCAGGCUUUGGCUUUGCCUUGGCCAAAUUCCUCCACGAGAAAGGGUUCAUCAUCUAUGCUGGUUGCCUACUGAAGGAGCAAGGCCGGGGAGGCUCCAAGGACCUAGACAACAUGAAGAGUGACCGAAUGAGGACCGUCCAGCUCAACGUCUGUGACAGCGAGGAGGUGGCGCGUGCGGUGGACUACGUGACAAACACCCUCGAGGACUCGGAGACCGGGGUCUGGGGACUGGUCAACAAUGCUGGGAUCUCCACCUUUGGGGAGGUGGAAUUCACUAGCAUGGACACCUACAAAGAGGUGGCAGAAGUGAACCUGUGGGGAACCAUCCGGACCACCAAGGCCUUCCUGCCCCUUAUUCGGAGAGCCAAAGGCCGCGUCGUCAACAUCAGCAGCAUGAUGGGCCGGAUGGCCAACCCUGCCCGUUCCCCGUACUGCAUCACCAAGUUUGGGGUGGAGGCGUUCUCUGACUGCCUGCGCUAUGAGAUGCGCCCGCAUGACGUGAAGGUCUGCAUCGUGGAGCCAGGGAACUUCAUUGCCGGCACCAGCCUCUACAGCCCCGAGCGCAUCAAGGCCAUUGCCGACAAGAUGUGGGAUGAGCUGCCCGAAAUCGUUCGCCGUGACUACGGGCGGAAGUACUUCGAUGAGCAGAUUGCGAAGAUGGAGUCGUACUGCGACAGUGGCGACUCAGACACCUCUCCCGUCAUCGAGAGCAUCGGCCACGCCCUCAGCUCCACCACGCCCUACACCCGUUACCACCCCAUGGACUACUACUGGUGGCUGCGCAUGCAGGUCAUGACCCACAUGCCUGCUGCCAUUUCCGACCGCCUCUACAUUUAUUGAAGCGGGGGGUCCUGCUGGAGCCAAACCAGGAAGGGAAACUCGCUCUAAAGGUUACGCUGUACAAUUUUCCAGUAGUCACUUGGUUAUUUGAUUUUAAAAUCUGUAUUUUAGGCCUGUGGUUAAUUUAAUCAUCCCUUGCAUGGUGUGUCUGGUGGGCAGGACGAUCUCGUGCCUUUCGCAGGGACCCAGAUGAGUACUAUUUAUUUCAAGUAUUCCCACGUUCCUUCUUUGCCUGGCUUGCGAUAGCCUCAGGGGAACUUGGUCAUCUCCUCCAAGACCAAGCAUCCCCUCCUGGAAGAAGGCUGCCCACCCAAUCCUGGGGAACAUGGGCCUCGCUCCUGCUGUGGGAGGCAGCUGGUCUUCAGAGGCCUUUUGUCUUAGCCUUGGGGGGCGGGGGGGAUUGCGGCAGCAGGGGCCAGGGGCCUGUCUUUUGCACACUCCUUUCCAUGUGCGCUACGGACCAAGACCUGCCAAGUUCCUCUGCCUACAGAAGGAGCUGUGCCCACAGGCUUGAUCCUUUUGGAGUUCUGCCCAUGAGCAGAGUUCUUCCUGCAGGUGAGGGGGCAGCCUGGGCCCCUGUCAGUUGCUGAUGAGGGCAGCUCCAGGCUGAGUUCUUUGCACUAGGGCCCCUGGGCUGAUGGGUGGGGAAUCGUAGGCACAGGGCAUCGUUAGCCACCCACGGCUCGGGGGCCACCAUUGGUCACUCCAUCUUGACCACGAAGGUCAUUUUUCCUAUUGGCACUUAAAAAGCUUAUCCUCCCUCCAGCAGGCCUGGUUGAGUGUGGUGCCUACCCCAACCCCAACCUGCGAAGCCUUGCUGCAUUACUGCAUUGCUCGUGGUCAUAAGUCCCUCGGCCACGCCAAGGCUGUCUUGCCAGGGGCAUUGGGAAGAGGCGGCAGAGCUCUGGCAUGCUCUUCUGUCCUGAGGGGGCUGGGGGUGCACUGUGGGGAAGCAGGCCUGUCACUGGCAUGGAGGAGGAGGAGGAGGAGGAGGAGGAGGAGGGAGCAUCACACGCCUGUAGCAAACUAACAAGCAGAAGAGUUUGGGAUCAGGCGUCUUCUGCUUUGAUUAACAUUAAACAAUGUGACAAACCUGC